UGAUAUUUGGAUAAUUUAAAUUCUUUGGAUAAAAAGUAUUCUAGUAAUUUAUUCUUUUAGGAAUUUCAAUGUAUAAAUAGUAUUUUACGAUUAUUUGAUUAUUUUCGGUUUGUUUCAGUUCAUCUUUUUAGUUCCAGAUGAAUGUGAUCAGACCUAGUAACUCAUAACAGAUCAAUAAAUAGGCGAAGAACAAACAUGACGGUCAUAAUUUUCAAAACUCUUGGUUACAACUUUCAAAUAUUUUAAGACUUAAAUUAUCGUAUAUAAAGAUUUAAAUUAAUCGAUAGUUUAAUCACUAGUGAAAACAAAUGAUUAUCUUAAAACAAUAAUAUUAAAAAUAUAAAAAGUUAGAAAGUGGUUUCACCCUCUCCAAAUAGCUAGUAACUCUAAUGUGCAAAGUGGUUCUUGUAUUUUCUUCUUAAGAGUUCGACCACUUUUACUAUAACGUAUCAAAUCACUAUUUUUAUUAAGAACUGCUUUUAAAUCACGCUGAUUGUACCCCUCAAUGUGUUUGUACCGAUGUGACUAAAACGAUUUACACUUGAGUGUUUUUUCUUCAAAACCGAUUUAUCCAUUUAAUAUGUAGACGUAUACUUUACUCAAAACAAUCUCACGCCGCCUUUAAUAUCCACAAAAUCAUACUGAUUAGCAUACAAACAUAUACAUUAUUUACAUAUCUAUACAUAUAAGGCAAACCUUUCCCUUCAAUCUAAAGCCUUCAUCGAGAUAAAAAAUUUUGUAUCUCAUGAUCAACUUAAUUGAUGUCUUCCCCUUCACAUCUUCUUCUCAUUUCCCCUCAACAACAACAUAUAGGAGAACAAUAACUCAUUCAAGAUUAAAAAAAAUGGCGACAAAAACAACAACAACAUUCAAUUUUCCCUCUCUUUCACAAACAAUAAUCAUAUUAUUAAUCUCAUUCCUUCCUUCUCAUCUAAAAGGUUCACCCUCCACUAGUAGUACUACUCAAGAACGUUUCAAGGAAUCUUCAAGGCUUCUCGAUCUCCUCCUAAGAGAUUACACUCUAAACUCUUUCAAGAACCAACAUUACUCAAUCAAGACCGGCGUUCUUCGGCGUAUUCAUCUCCCUUCUAACUACUCCGGCAUUAAUCUCGACGCUGUCAGGUUCCGGUGUGGGAGUCUCCGGCGAUAUGGAGCUCAACUCCAAGAAUUCCAUAUCGGUGUCGGAGCGGUUCUUGAACCGUGUGGUGAACGUCUUGUGGUCGUGAGACAGAUCUUGGGAUCAAACUGGUCUGAUAUCUAUUACAAGAACUAUGAUCUAUCUGGUUAUAGACUCGUCUCUCCUGUUUUAGGACUCCUAGCCUAUAAUGCCAUAAACGACGUUGUUUUGGGUAAUAAUUUGAGCAGCUCUUUUCAGAUAAGUCUUCUCCUAGACUAUGCUAAAGAUCCAUCCACCGUUGAUUUCGGAAACAUUUCUGGACCGUCGAUGGUGGAGAGAACGUUCUUGAAUAAGCCAAUGUGUGUGACUUUCGGCCUAGACGGCAAAGUAACGUUUGCUGGAGAAGUGAAGCCGUAUGUCUGCGCCGUUAAAACUAACGGACAUUUUGGUUUAGUGGUGACGGAUGAUCAGGAUUCGUCCAAAUCAGACGGUGGAGGAGAAAAUGAGAUGAAGAAGGCGAAGAUUGGACGGUGGAGAUCGGUUGUUGGUGGGCUUGUUGGAUCUGUGACGGUGGGGGUGGUGCUUUUAGGGCUUGUGGUGGCGGUGGCUGUUGUGACGGCGAAUAAGCGGAGGAGAAGGGCAAAAUGGGAAGAGAUGGAGAGAAAAGCUUAUGAAGAAGAAGCUCUGAGAGUAGUGCCAAUGGUGGGGCAUUCUAGGGUUUUUGUUGCUUCUGCGACAAGGACUUUGCCGGGUUUCGUGGAACAUGAGUGUGUUCCUAAUUAAUUAGUUUAAUUUUCUUACGUUUGGUUUCCUUUUUAUUGUUUCCCGUUUCUUGUAAAAAUGUUUUAUUUAAAUGUAUAUGCUUUUUUGUAACUGAUUUAAAUAUAUACUAGAUUUUGAUCCGCGCUUUCAAAGCACGGGAUUAUAUCAUUUUUAUAAAUGUCUAAUUACAUAAAUACUUUCAUUAUUAUAAUAUAUUGAUGAUAUAGGUUGUUUAUUUCAAGAUCAAAAUGUGUUACUCACUUACUUUAUACCGUUCUUACUGGACUGACAUCGGUUUGGACCAUGUUCUUACGAUAUAUUUUUAUCAUAGUCUAAAUUUAAUAUUUGAUUUUAUAAAUAUUUAUCGUGUGUUUAUUGUAAAAUAACACAAAGUUUUAUAAAUACAUGAUAAUUUCUAAUAAUAUAAGUUUUAAAAUUUUGUACUCGAUUUAUUUAUAUUUGAAGUUUUUAAAAGACAUGUGUAAAUUAUUUAUAUAUUUAAUUGUUAGUUAGAAAAAAAAAAUUUAAUAGUUAUUUUAUAUGUUUAAACAUGUUUAUUUUUAGAAAAUAAUAAUUAUGUUUUUGUAUUGGGCUCAAAUAUGUUUAUACAUGUUAAGUUUUAGAAAUUAUCAGACGUAAGAGCCCAUAUGAAAAAAGAUUAAUCAGCGUAUUGGGCUCAAAUAAUGUUUUCGUAAACUUGACCCACCCAAGUCGAGUACUUGGUCGUUUUUUUUGUUGGCCAAUUUAGUACUUGGUCGUAAAGGCCGUUUACGUGUUGGAAAAAAAGAACAGAAAGGAAAGAGAGAUAAAAAAGGACAGAUUCUUAACCGAGGAUCAAAUCGUUCCCCAUGGUGAAGAUCAAAGAUAGUCGACUAUUUCCUGAGUAAAUAACAACUCAGAAACUCGAAAUCAAAAGAUCGUAACAUGCAGAUGAAUCUGUUCUUAGAUCUGAAAUAUUAUGAAAGGGAACAGACGAUUACCAUGCUAUCAUCAUACGUCGGGGAUUCUGCAUAAAUCUGAAGAAACCUGGUUUAUACUAUGGAAACCAAGAGCAAGAACAAUGGUGGAUUCAUUGCUGCUCCGGCUGCAAGAGAGGAAAGGAUAUAUAAUACUACAACCGUGAAAGAUAAGUUCCUUUAAACAAUUGUAAAAAGAACUAUUUAUUUAAAUAGAAAGUUCUUAGACUUUUAGUCUGAUAUAUUCUGUUGUAGUAAGUAGACAGUACCAAACGCUUACAUUCUCAUCAGCCAAGAUGAAUUUUAUGGUUUCCAUUGAUAGUUGUAUGUUUUGUUUUCAAGAGUGUAGAACCUUCACAUGAAUAAACCAUGUAUUUUUCGAGGGCCUCAAGUCUUUAAUGGCAGUAACUUUUUCGUAGAAGCUUUUGUCGUUUGGAUUUGCAUGUUUGAAGCCAUAGUUUGUUUGACGAUGUGGGUUUGAAUAGGAAUAGGGCGUUGCCUAUUUAUAAUAAUAUCUAUAUGUUAAAGGGAGAGGUGCUUAGGUUAUAGGAAAAACUUGGGGGAUACUCUAAAUCGUAUCUAACCAGAUUGUGUGAACUUUAUUUUCGAUAUCAUUUAUGAUUACUACUAGGCAAAUUCGGUUACCAAUUUCAAACCUAAGAUAUUUUCUGUGUGUUCGUCACGUUAAUUUUACUUCAAUCGUAUAAUCUUGUUAGUGAUUGAGCACCGUGAUUUUAGUUUAGUUAUAUUAGGGACGUGAUUUUAGUUAAAUCGUAAAUUCUUGUUUCUAUCUAUUCUGUUUUAAAUUUAUUGUAAGCAAAUACGCAAAAAAAAAAGGAAUGAGUUAGAGAAUAUACUUGGAAUUGAUUUAGUUUUAAAGGGAAAUUAAAUUAGUGGCUGUUUAAAAGUUCAAUACAAUUAUAAAACCAAAUUAUAUAGAACUUUAUAUUAGGCCUGGGCAUUUUACCCGGACCCGAAGACCCGAACCGGAACCGACCCGAAAAUACAGGUUCGGGUCCGGGUCCGGGUCCAUGCUAAGUACCUAUUGGGUCUUUUUUUUUGGAUCCGCGGAUCUCGGUUCGGGUCCGGGUCCUACCCGAGACCUGUUCGGGUACCCGAAGUACCCGCAAAUAAUUGUAUAUACUAGGUAUAUUUGGGUGAUUGGGUAUAUUUUUGGUAUUUUGGAUUUUUUUUAAAGUUUCGGGUUUGGAUUUUCGGGUAUAAUUGUAGGUUUUUGGUGAAAUUUUAGAUUUUUAGAAAAUAUAAUUUGGAUAUUCAGGUAAAAUUCGGGUAUGUUUUGGGUUUUCGGGUUUGAUUUUGGAUAAAUUUUUGGGUAUUUUUGCGGUU